UCGAGCUAGGUUUCUGGCGUUUUUGCCAUCAAUUCUCAUCUCACUGCUUGUACUAACAGGAUAGGUGAUUAAUUCUAGUGAUCAUUUCUGCUCCCUGCAAGCACAUGGGGUUCCGCUGCGCUGAUUCCUCCUAGCGUUACGAUUGCAGAUUGCUGAUAACAGAAACAAGUUUCCCUCUUAUUUCUCCGUAGACACUUUUAUCUCGCAUCAGUCCGCCAAGAUCGUUCCAUGGCGGGUCGAGGAAGAGCAAUGGCUGGCGUCGGCGGAAGAGCAAACCCCCCAACCCCCGACUAUCAGCCACAGCACCUCAUCCGCCCGCCGCUUCCCCCCGGGCCCGCACUCAUCCCUGGCGGACCACCCGGGCAGGUGAUUAUCCGCCAUCCCCCCCCCCUCCCCCGACUAUGCUGCUCCCCGUGGGUGCGGGGAGUCUGGAGGCGAAAUUUGCGGCGCAGCAUGGGGAGAUCCAGCAGCUGCUGACGGAGAAUCAACGGCUGGCAGCGACGCACGUGGCUCUUCGCCAGGAGCUGGCGGCGGCGCAGGGCGAGAUUCAACGGACGAAAGCGACCCUGGCGGCGGUGCAGAUGGAGAAGGAUCAGGCGGUGCGCGGAAUCAUGGAGCACAAGGCCAAGCUCGAGGCGGACCUAAGAGGCGUGGAGCCUCUGCGCGCGGAGCUGCAUCGUGCGCGCAUGGAGCUGCAGGCGCUGCAGGCGCGCGGGGGGGAGGCGGAGGCGGGGCGCGCGGAGAUGCAGCGGCAGAUGGGUGCGAUGGGGGGCGACAUGCAGCGCAUGCGGAGCGACAUGGAGGGCAUGCGGCAGGAGCUGAUGCAGGCCAGGGAGGCGGCGGAGCGGGAGAGGAAGGCGGCAGUGGAGGCGAGCGAGCAGAGGGAGAAGGCGGAGAGGAGCCUCGAGGCCACGGCCAGGGAGGUGGACCGGCUGAGAGCGCUCAUGGGGCAGCCGCAGCAGCAGCAGCAGCACCAUGUGUAUCCGGGGCAGCAGUCGUACCUGGGGGGCGCAGCACUGCAGCAGCCGCCAUGGGCGCAGCAGAUGGGGCAGCAGCAGUCAGCGGAGCAGCAGCAGGCAUCGCAGCAGAAUGGGGUGCUGGGCGCGCCUGCACAGGCUGCAGCAGCGCAGCCAGCAGCAGAUGGGGCCCUGGCUGCUGCAGCAGGGGGGGCGGGAGCAGGAGGAGCAGCACCAGGUGCUGCGGCGGCUGCCGGCGGUUCUGCCGCUGAUGCUGGUGCUGGCGCUAGCGCUAGCGCUGGCGAUGCUGCUGCUGAUGCUGGUGCUGCUGGUGUGGGGGAUGCAGUGGCGGAGUGUGGGUGGACGGAGCACGCAGCACCGGACGGGCGACCGUUCUACUACCACGCGGCCACCAACACGUCCGUGUGGGAGAAGCCGCCCGAGCUCGCCCAGGCCGAGGCCAAGAAGGCCGACGUCCAGAAGGCAGCCGCCGCUGCCUCUGCGGGUGCUGCUGGUGCUGGUGCUGGUGGUGCGGCUGCUGGCGGUGGUGCCAGUGCCGGUGGUGCUGGUGGUGCUGCGAAUGGUAGUGUUGCGGGUGCUGAGGCGGGAGGGCAGCAGAAGGAGCAGCAGGAUGGGGGAGACAAGGCGCCACAGCAGCAGGAGAGCAGCGGAGUGACCCCCCUGGCGGUGUACGGGCUGCCUGACGACUUCACAGAGCGGCAGCUGGUGGAUCUCUUCCGCACCUACGGCACCGUGGUGGCCGUGCAGGUGGCGAGAGAUGGCCAGAGGGGUCUGGGCUACGGCUAUGUCCAUCUGGACUCACCCACGUCAGCUGACAUUGCCACGUCAGCUCUCAACGAACAUCAGAUCGGCAACCGCAGGCUGAGAGUGGAACGCUACACUCCCCCUGCCACGUCAGCUCCAGCCAGCUCAGCGCAGGCCACGUCAGUCCAAGCCAACCCAGCACCACUUGCCACUGCUGUUGCUGCUGGGAGUGCAGGUGCUUCUCCUGCUCCUGCUGCUGCUGCUGCUGCUGGUGGCGCUGCUGCUAAUGCAGCUGCUGGUGCUGGCCCAGGGAUAGGCGGGGUGGUACCAGGACAGUAUCCCGUUGCUGCUUACAGCUUGAACCAGCAGACGCAGCUUCAGCCGCAGCUCCAGCCGCAGCUGCAGGCACAGCUGCAAGCACAGCCACAGGCACAGCAGUACCAGCCACAGUACCUUAAGCAGCAGCAGCAGCAGUUUCCGCCCUCUCACCUCUACCCCCCUCAACAGCAGCAUCUGUACUUGCAGCAGCAGCAGCAGCAGCAGCAGCAGCAGCAGCAGCAGCAGCAGCAGCAACAACAACAGCAACAGCAGCAGCAGCAGCAGCAGCAGCAGCAGCAGCAGCAGCAGCAGCAGCAGCAGCAGCAGCUACAGCAGCAGCAGGGAGGGUACCCCCAGCAGCAGCGCAUGCCGCCGCCUGGCCAGCCCUUUGACCCGCAGCGACCCAUUAUCCGUUUCCCUCCCCCAGCUGGCCCGGGCUUAGUUGGGCCUGGGGGCAUGGGAGGGCCUGGGAACAUGGGUGGGCCAGGAGGGAUGGGUGCUCCGGGGGGAAUGGGUGGGCCUGGAGCAAUGGGUGGGCCUGGCAGUGGCCCUGGUGUGCUUGCUCCCAAUCCUGGAGCUGCUGCUGCGGGGGGCCCUGGCAUGGGUGGUGGUGGGGUAGGGCCUGUUAGGCGAAACGACUUCGGGCCAGGAGGGUAUGCAGGCUACCGUCCGUAUUGAGAUAUCGUUUAUGCUGUGACGUCGCUGCGUUGAGGUCCUAGUGGAAAUAUAGUUCAGCCCUCUUUUUUUUUACCUCGAUUGUGUGAGACUGCUAGUGCUCCUUUUUAGGGACUUCAUGUUUGGGCUGUUGUAAACCGUUGGAAAACGGAGAAUAGGUACAGUCCCGCAACCU